UAAGGCUAAUUUAUGACAAAUGUUCAUUUACAUCCAGAUUGUAAACAUUAACGCUUUAAAUGCAUACAUAAAAUUCGUCCAGUCUUGUAAUAUGAAAAGCAGCACUCUGGUUGUAACAGCUAGCUAAAUAACUUGACGUAAACACUACAACGGUUCGGUGUCGGAAAUGAUAGUUUUACGUCCUGUGCUGCGCUCCACUGCUCGUCACCUCGGUGUUUCUCAGGUCCGGUUCUGGGAGCUUAUGGGUUCUAAACGGAAAACAAGACUGCCUUUGUCCGUCCAGCGUUGGUGCUCUUCGGAAACUUCUGGGUUAUCAUCUGAUCAUCUGUGCUCUGGAACUGUCGAGUACCAGUACUUAAAGAAGUACUUUGUAAGGAGACUAAAGGCAACAUAUCACAGGUUCCACAGUAUACCUGAUUACUCAGUGGUGUGUGGAUGUCACCAUGUAUACUUCAUUAAAGAUGAUGGCAUCUACAGAAUAGACAAAAGAGAUGGUAUACUAGAGCCUGAACAGGUGGUAAAUCUGGAACAUGUAUCGAGGGGGGGAGGGAAGACGAGAGCUGAGAAUGAUGAGAGGUUUCAGUGGACAAUUCAGAGAAUCCGUCUGUCUCCACAAGAAAAGCAUCUCGCAGCCACACUGAAAUCUAGCCACAAAGAAGAGCUCAGGUGUGUUGUUGUGAGACUUGGAGAGAGAAGUAUUCCCCUUUUGCCCCCCCACAACAUCCUUCUUGAGCUUGAGAGUGUCUUCAGCUUUGAGUGGGCAACAGAUGAUGUCCUAUUUUACACAACUUUGGAAGGGCUGCGUUCCAGCUCUGUGUUUCGCCUGCACCUCGCUUCCGAUGGCAGCAGCAAAAUAACGUCUGUGUAUGAAGAAACUCACCCCGAUGUGUUUGUGGAGGUUGCCCUGUCUAGAGACCGACAGAUUCUCACCAUCAACUGCAACAGUAGAACGAGUUCAGAGGUGAUGCUGAUUGAUGUGACAAAAUCCUGUUCAGAGCCUUUGGUGAUUCAACCUCGCCAGCUGGACCUCCUGUACUAUGUGGAGCACUGGAAAGGAUUUCUCAUUAUACUGGUGAAUACAGGGCCAGCACAGGAAUAUCAGGUGAUGCAGGCUCCCGUCUCUGAGCCAUCAAUGGCCUCUUGGGUGACUUUGUUUGCCCCUAGCCCUGACACUGCUAUCAAAGACAUGGAUGUAGUUGGAGACUACCUUUUGUUGGUUGCAAACACACCAGCCGGUAAACUCACUUUAAAUGUGAUGAGCCUGAGCAAUCUCAAGGAAACACACAUCAUACAGCUCCCCUCCUGGGCUUGUGCUAUUGAAACCAAGAAGCCAGGCGUGGCAGACCAGCAAGGUGUGUUAGAAUUCCUGUUAUCGUCUCCAGUCCACCCACCAGUGCCAUACUCUCUGGAUCCUGGGAAAGGUCUCUUAUUAUCAGACGCAGGAAAUCAGACCUACUUAGAGAGCCAAGACAAGUAUAUCACCACACGCUUGGAGGCCUGCAGCCAAGAUGGCACCUUAGUGCCAGUGACGGUGUUCCAUGCCGUACCUGUGGAGGAUCUGGGCCAGGUGCCUUUGCUCGUUCAUGUAUAUGGAGCUUACGGUAGAGAUCUCAAUAUGGAGUUCUGCCCAGUGAAACGUUUUCUGUUAGAGCAGGGCUGGGCCCUGGCCUACUGUCACAUCAGAGGCGGGGGUGAGCGUGGCCUCUCCUGGCACAGACGAGGCCGAGUAGAAGGGAAGCCGAGGGGAGUGGAGGACCUCCAGGCCUGUCUCCAUAACCUUUUCUCUUUAGGAGUCUCCUCUCCUUCACGCGCUGCCCUCACAGCCUGCAGCGCUGGAGCUGUGCCAGUGGCGGCGCUAUGCAACAGAAACCCAAACAAGAUGCGGGCUGUAACACUGCAAGCUCCUUUCCUUGAUGUGUUGGGAACCAUGGAGAAACCCAAUCUGCCUUUGACGUUGGAGGACAGAGAAGAAUGGGGGGACCCAGUGGGGAACCUGAAUCACAGGCACAUCAUCGCCUCAUACUGUCCUCUUCACAACAUUACUCCUCAGCACUACCCAUCUAUGCUGCUGACUGCUUACAGUGGUGAUCCCAGGGUUCCCCUGGAAGGUGUCCUAAAAUACGCCAAAUUUAUAAAGAAAGCCAUUCAUGCUCACUUCAGCAUGAAGCCAAAUGCAGGUUGUAAAUCAGCGCCAAAAAUAGUUCUAAACGUCCAACCUGGUGUAAAUCAUCUUGGACCUGAAGAUUUUGUGCAGAGGCUGGAGGAGGAAGCUUUUAGGCUUUCGUUUCUAUACACGGAGCUGGGCCUGGACCUUCCACUGCCUCGACGCAAGAGGAAGAGAUAGCUCAGCUGUCAAGAGGCAGUAAGGAAUGGAGCUCUAUAUUUACAGCCCUGUGAUGGCCA